AUGCAGGACUCCAAGGACGAAUCUCCUGCUCUCUGCGUGGCACAGAUGAAAAAGCUUGACGACGAGGACAAUGAGGUGCUGGCUGCUGUGGAGCCCUCACAGGAGACUGCCGAAGACAAGGCUCCUUCCCCCUCGACGGAGACGAGAAAGCUUCAGGACGAAGAUAGUCAGAAGCUUGCUCCCUCGGUACCUUCUCAGGAAGCUGAGAAUGGCGGAGAGCAGGACUCCGACGACGAGUUUCAUUCGGCCUUCAUGGCGGAGAUGCGAAGGCUUCAUGGCGAAGACCGCCAGAAGCUGAACACUUCGGGGCCUUCUGGGCAGGCGAUGCCCGAGUGGUCCAAGGACUUCGAGGCCUCGGCGAAGUUCCUGGGAGCGCGGCCUGGCUUCGUCUUCAAACGCGGCCGGCGCGGGCUCGGCUACUACCGCGACCUCGGACCUUUCCACGACCCGUCUCAGGAGCGUGCACAAGCGAGUGGAGUGUUGCCCGACUUCCGUCGAUCUCGAAAGGCCAAGAGGCCUUUGGAGGAGGUCGACGGUGCGUCGCUUGGAACUCCUGACUGCCGAGGUGGUGACCCACAGAUUGUGAAGUGUGCUACCAAGGCGGAAGAAGACAUGGAGGAGAAACCCGAUGUUGGGUUUUUUGCACUUUGUCUUGCGACCAUCUGCGAGGAAGAUCCCGACGAGGCCAUGGACAAGUGCCGGAAGUUCUCCGAGCCUGCACAGGGCCAGGGCGAGACGGGGACUGAGAAGGUGGUGGAAACCAAGAAAGCAUAG